CAGCGUUUUCGAUAAAAAACGCACCGAAUUGUUUAUGUGGAUGUAAAGUGAUGAGUUUAAGAUUUUCAUAACAUUUACUGGUAUGUCCUCAACUGAUACAAAGAAGGGCAUACCUAGUGAUAGAAUGGACCCCAAGGGAGGCAGCGAUGGCACUACGGUAGUGAUUUCGACGGGAUCAAGCUCAAAAACGUCGAGCACUCCAGCCGAACAGUCCUCAGAGCGCGAAGAACGUGCUUGGAAGGCGUAUUUUACUCAGGAUGCUCCUUUGACAACGACGUUGCUUACACAAGUGAAUGGCGAAGACUCAAAUAUGGCCUCUACCUUGGGGUUUUUGUAUGAUUAUUAUGGUGUAACCGAGGAUUCGCAAGGGCCAUCUUCGCCAGGAGGAAGCCAGGUUACUUCAGUCACCCAAACCACUAGUGGUACUACAUGUGAUUCAGAACCAAACAGYCCAACUCACACUGAGAUACACAUACAUCCUUGAAGCGCCAACAUCCAUAGUACAAAGAAGAGGAGAUGAUACUCUAACAUACUUAAACAAAGGCCAGUUUUAUGCAAUAGACUUUGAAGGCAAUGUUGAUCCUCCAUCAUCUGAAAAUGAUAUCAUGAGAGUCAAGACUAUUGUACACUUGGUCUUCCGUGAUGAGAAAGAUCCACGAACAGAGCUCGAACACUGGCAUUAUUGGCACAGUCAGCAACCAAAUCCACAACAGAGAGCUUUUGAUGUUGAUCGUAAAUCCUGUCAGAAUAUAGAUGAAAACAUAGAUGAUUUAGCUUAUAAUGCAGCAGGGUUUAUUUGGAGUCCUCAUGUUAAUGCAAAGAUUGUCAUUCGUAUUAAUUGUCUUAGUACUGACUUUUCACCACAAAAAGGUGUUAAGGGUAUUCCUCUUCAUCUUCAAAUUGAUACAUAUGAAGAUCCUGACUCACCAGAUGCUGAGCCAAUUCACAGAGCAUUCUGUCAAAUUAAAGUGUUUCGUGAUAAGGGUGCUGAAAGGAAAAAUAAAGACGAAUCAAAAUCAGCUGAGAGGAGGAUGCAGAAAUGGAUCAAACAAAAUCCCAUUGGAUCUGAUCCCUCUAUGAUUUCUCCAACUCAUCUGUUUCAUCCACCAAGCAAGUUUACUCAACUACUGUCCACUACCCCCUUGGGACCUAAACCUGUACUUUUCACUCCAUUCAUGGGUGGUGCUUCAGGAAACAUUCUUGCAUCGCCUGAGCAAGUUAUUCAAACAUCAUCAUUAUUGUCAGCUAUAAGGGAUCGGGAGCACAARAGGACUAUCCAGACAGCACUUGCUGUUGCAAAGGAGGAACUGGCAGACCUAGAAGUGGUGCCWAGGAUGAAAGUUCAAAAAAUUAUCCGUCCAGAUAGACCAGCUGUGACUAUCUAUGUCAAGAAGGAUGAGGAGAAAGUCUACAAUGCUCUUAUGUUAAAACAGUUGACCAUUAAAGAACUAGUCAGUCAGAUUUCCAGUAAAUAUAAUGUACCUCCAGAUAUGAUAAAAAGUGUUUAUAAGAAGACAAAGAAAGGAAUCCUUGUGAACAUGGAUGAUCGCAUGAUUGAACUGUUUGUGGAUGAAGAUGACUUUCUCAUCAAUCUUGACUUUGAUAAUCAACUUGGUCACUUUGAGUUGACUUUGAGGUACUAGUAGGUACUAKUAGGUACUGUUAGGCACUAGUACUGGAGGUMCAAAUUUAGCCAUCAAUGGUCUGAAUGGUUCAUCUUCAUGAGGUUGUCAUGGUAACAAGUAAAAGUGUUGUUAUGGCAACAAUGUACUUAAUACAUGUUCACAGUAAGGAUAGGUUGAAUAUAAGUAUCAUUUUCACUUGUAAAAUAUUUUAACUAAGAAAACUCCCCACAUUUACAUAAUCUUGAGGUAACACAAAGUUCAGUAGGCUGAGUACAAACACUAAAACUGUGCAACAUAAAUACCACUAAAUACUCAUGCUAAAUUAUGCUAAUU